GGAGGGGGUAAGUUUUUCGUCCUUCUUGUCCCUUCACGUUUCUGCUUCCGCUUCCAAAUCUGGGGUUGGGAGCUGUGUGCUGAACACUUGGGUAAUGAUCUGAAGUUUCCUUCAGAGAGUGAUUUGUAUUGGAUAAACAUGUGUGAUUGCGUCUCCUCAACCCUCCCUGCUUAUUGUUUCACCAGAACACGAAAAUUAGGGGUCACUAGCAGCUUUAAUUGGAGAACCAGAAUCGUACCUAUUCAACAGAUUACUGCCCGUAAUUCAGGUGGUGGUGGUGGCACAAGCUAUAGAAAUGGGGAGUUACAGCUAGUCAAGGAUAAUUUGAAAUCAAGUACAGAUGAAAUUGACAUGGCAAAAUCCGAGACUUCUGCAAACUCCAGUCGGAAUUCGAGCUCAUUUGAUUCGGAAGAAUAUGAUUUUUAUGGCGAAUUAGGGUUCACAGAGAGAGAGAAAAGGCAAAUUCAUUUUGAAACAGGUCGAAUUGACGGAGAAGAAUCAGAAAAUUCAGCUACGAGAAAGGGUUUUGAUAUUGGCCACAGGAGAAAGCAGCAUAUUUCAGGUACUGAUGGGUCGGCUUCAUCUGGUGUUGACUUUCUAUUGGAAUUUAAUGAGAAUGAUGGAAGAAAGAGUGUGGGAGGGCUACAAGACGAGGAAUUGGCCAGAAUUGAAGGCUCUGAUGGAGUUGGCUCGAAAUUAGAGGAGUCGGAGAAGCACAAUGUGCGGGCGGUUGUGAAGAGCGGGCGACAAUUCAUGAGGAGGUCAAGCAUGAUUGCAAAGCAGGUGAUCAGCAUGCAAUCUGCUCUCAGCUUGGGUUUUGUUUCACAACUAUGGGUGGAGACCUUUUCUUGGGUGGUAUUGGUUGUGGAGGUGAGGCCAAGCUUGCUUUCUGGUGAACUAGAAAGGUUUCUUCUGGAGGAUGUUAGCCAGGUUGGCGAUGUUGUGCUUAUUGAGGAAGAAAGUGUGAUGGAAACUGAAAUUAAACUGGGUGGACUAGAGACUUUGGUAGGAUAUAAUGUUGUAACGCCAGCUCGACGAAAUAUUGGGAAGGUCCGGGGGUUCACUUUUAACAUCAAUUCAGGGGCUGUAGAAUCACUUGAGCUUGAUUCUUUUGGGAUAUCCAUCAUUCCAUCAAGUUUGGUGAGCACCUAUGCUCUUUUUGUAGAGGAUGUGCUAGAAGUUGUAUCCGACUGUGUGGUUGUGCAUGAAGCUGCAGCCUCACGCAUACAAAGGCUAACGAAGGGCUUUUGGGAUGCCCAGAACAUGGGGAACUCCAUAGAUCAGCUUGGAGGAUAUUCUGACCUUGAAAGACAACCGGAGUCAUCUGAUUAUCGUCCAAGCAGAUGGAGAAGCUCUGAUACACGGAAAUUCCGCUCAAAAAUGAGGCAACCCAUGGAUGAGUGGGAGCUUCCUAUGGAUUAUUUAUGAUCUGCAUCUGCAAGAUGCUUCCCCAUUGUAUAAAGAUAUGUAGUUUACUUUCUCAUCCUCUAGUGGUUUAUUUUUGUUUUGGGGGUUUUCACUCACUUUUUCUUUAUACAUUUUUAAUCUUAUGUAAUAAAUUGCUAAUAUUUACAAAUUCAAUUCCAGGACUAAGGUAUUUAUGAAAGAUAAAUCUCUCAUGACCUGACUUAAAAAGGUUGUCAAGAUUCGAAUUCAGGAUAUUUGAGUUUGUAGUUCGUUUUUGUUACCACUUGAACUACAUGUUAUUUAUUUUUAAGUAUUAAUGCUUUGGAUUGGACUAAAUUAAUUCAAUCUUGAUUUAAUACUGAGUUUAGAUGAGGUAAUAACACCCGAUAUUAUUAUUUUGUUAAAGUAAUAGACUCAUUUAACACUCCAAAAUUUACCAUAAAUGAGUACCACAGCCGAGGAGAUAUUAAUUUUUACUUAUCUAGGAUUAAUACUUGAAAUGACUUCCUUACCCUUACACUAUAGCACCACAAAGCAUAUAUAUAUAUAUAUACACUAUAUGGUUAGUUUUGUCAUUUUUAAUGUAAUACUAUACUUUAUUACCUAAUCCAUAUAUAAGAUUAGUGUUUAAAUUUAUACUUUAUUCAAACCUCGAUUCAAAUAUAAUA